GCCGUAGAAGACCAGUUGAGUUCCUUUCACUGAACACGCAACAAUCAAGAUGAAGUUCCUGAUCAUCCUCGCUUUGGCCGUCGCCGCCUCCGCCUUCCCCGAGGCCGAGCUGACCCACCGCAGCCGCGAGAUGCCCGUCAUUGACAGCAUCGAAGGUCGCAUUACCAACGGCCAGCUCGCCUCCGCCGGUCAGUUCCCCUACCAGGUGGGACUUUCCCUGAAGUUGAGCGCCUACUCCAGCGCCUGGUGCGGCGGUUCCCUGAUCGGCAACCAAUGGGUGUUGACUGCUGCUCACUGCACUGAUGGUAUCCAGUCCGUGACCGUCUACUUGGGCGCCACCGUGCGUACCUCUGCCGAGAUCACCCACACCGUCCCCAGCUCCGACAUCAUCAUCCACUCCGGCUGGAACAGCUCCACCCUGAAGAACGACAUCUCCCUGAUCAAGAUCCCCAGCGUGGCCUACUCCUCCAAGAUCCAGGCCGCUUCCCUGCCCAGCAUCUCCAGCUCGUACUCGACCUAUGCCGGUGAGACCGCCGUUGCCUCCGGAUGGGGACGCACCAGCGAUAACUCCAACUCUGUGGCCACCUACCUCAACUACGUUGAUCUGACUGUCAUCACCAACUCCGUGUGCGCCGCCACCUACGGCACCUCCAUCGUGACCUCCUCCAACAUCUGUGUGUCCACCACCAACGGCAAGUCCACCUGCAACGGUGACUCCGGCGGUCCCCUUGUUCUGAAAUCCAACAAUGUCCAGAUCGGUCUUACCUCCUUCGGAGCUGCUGCCGGUUGCGAGAAGGGCUACCCCGCUGCCUUCACCCGUACCACCAGCUACUUGGACUGGAUCAAGAGCCACACUGGCAUCUAAAGAGUGUUCAGCGAACUUCAUAAGCAAAAAAUAUAAAUAAAAAAAAUUCGAAAGAAA